UAUAUAUUUUUUGAAUUAUAUGUAUCACACUGCAGUGAUCAAUAUGUACCCGGGAAUAAUCACAGCACUACACGUAUCCCAUUUGCCUGGCCAACGGAGAUCAGUGAAGCAAGCUCAGUCUUAGCGUCCCCACAACAAGGCUCAAGAAAGGCGUACCGUACCAACCUCAGAAGCCGCACCCAGAAUGCCUCGCGAUGACCAAUCUCCGCCCCCAGGCGAAGUCUCCGACUCCGCCGAUAUUGAAGAAGAAGAAGACCCAGAAAUAGAAGAAGAAGAAGAAGAUGACGACGACGAAGAAGACCCCGAAAUAGUAGAAGAAGAAGAAGAAGAAGAAGAAGAAGGGAAAGAGGAGGAGGAGGAGGAGGAGGAAGAAGAAGAAGAAGAAGAAGAGGUGGAGGGAGAACAGGAAGAGAUAAUGGAAGAAGAAAGGAUUGAAGUGGAUAUGGAUAUUUCUGAUUCACCGGUUCAAGCUCGUGAUCAUCAUAACGAUGUUAGACAAGAUUAUAAGCCCGAGGGACUUGAUGGUAUACACUCAAAUGAAUCACAUGAUGAUGGAAAAGCUUAUUUGCGUCAUAGUGUGGUUACGGAUGCUAAAGCCUCCAACUCAUCUGGUGUCGCUGGGGAAGAGAUGGCUGAUGCCAUCCUGAUGAGGGAUCACUUAGGUAAGGAGGUUAAGAGUGUUAUGAAUCCAGAGGAUGAGAUGAAACUAGGGGACAUACAUCCGAGGAAUGAUAGAAAGCAAAUGGAUUCAAGAUCAGCUGCUUCUGAGAAAGUGACGAGAAUUAUGUCUCCUGUUGCUGAGACUAGUGAUCGAAACAAACGCCCAGCUAUUAUCUGUGACUUCUUUGCUAAAGGUUGGUGCAUUAGAGGUACUUCAUGUAAGUUUGUCCAUAUAAAAGACAAUCUGAAUAGUACUCAUCCACAAGGAGAUGUUGCUGCUGCAAAUUGUACUAGAGAAGUCCAGCCUGAUGAAGGUCUAAGAGACAUAACCGAGAGAUCAAGGUCACCUGGUUUUCCUGACCCUCUGGCUUCUUCACAUCUCUCUUCUGAAAAGAUCCGAUUUUCGGAACACAAAGGAAUUCAGAGACGGCACCAGUCUCUUGAAAACCAUAAGUUUCCAGCAGUUCCAGGAGAGGAAUCAAAUAUGGGUGAGUCCACUGAUGCACAGAAAUUGCAUUCAUCCAAAGAUGAUCAAGUCUUUCUCUCCUCGUUUAAAGAUGUAGGAAGGGAUGGUCAUGCAUGUAACUGGCCCGUUGAUGGUUAUAACAACUCACCAAUUCAUAAAGAUAAUUCUAGAUUCAUGAGUGGUUUGCAUCCUGAACCUGGAUUUUUUUCUAAUGGAUCUACUGCGUCAUCAGGCAAGUACUCUAGAGGGAAUCCCACUUCUCAGUCGAGUUGUAUGGAUGAACCAGCUGGAAUUUGGAGCCAGCGUAUGCACAGUGAUCAUAAUUCCCCACUUGUGAGCCUUUCCUUGAAUUCAAACUCAAGUAAUCUUUUAACUAAUGGCUCGUUUCCAGCUUGCCGUAUUUCAUCUUGGACUGGAUUUUCAUUGCCUUCUAGUUAUUCCUGUUUAGAUGCAAGUCCUCAUGGUACUCAUAAGCUUUUAGACCGAAAUAGAGAUUACCAUUAUUCUACUAGAUCAUCUCCCUUACUGAAAAGCUCUUCUCCCUUCUCUAGUUCUGAAUUGAAGAAGUUGCCUUCUACCAGUGUGUCAUUGCGCUCUGAUAAACUUAAAACAAAAAUUUCUUCAAAUGAUUGGGAGCCAUCUGUACCCUUCCAGCCAUCUUUUAUUCUUCCUCCUGCAUUUCUAUCAUCUUCAGGGAGCCAGUAUGACCCUCUUCGUGACAGCAUUGAGUUACCUAAGUUAGCAAACAUCUCCUUUGAGGAUUCUUUCUAUUCUGAAGAGGCUGCCAUUGGGAACAAGUUGCAUCAUCAAAUACUUGGUGAAUCUGUUAGUGGGACUAUGCGUCCAGUUUGUGAUGGUGAUACAAACUCUAUGUCUUCACAUAAUACAUGUCAUGAAAAGGUAUUAGAUAAUAGCUGCUAUACACGUGAACAUAAUUCGCCUGUAACUGAAGCAGAGACAGUGGGGGCUUCUGUUGUCUGCCAAAAUGGAACAAUGGCUAUAGAAGAAAAUCUCUCGGGGCCCUCUCAUCUCAAAGGUAGUACAAAACCACAUAAAACCAGUUCAUAUGGUGAUUCUAGACCUCAGAGUGACAGUUCUAGACACAAAAAGGACAUAACAGUAGAUAGAUUUAGAGAAAACAAUGAAGUGGAUGGUGAACAUGUGACAGAUGGGGAUGUACAGCAAGAAUCAAAAGCUCUGAGGCAUUUCCGUGCUGCUCUUGUAGAGUUAGUAAAAGAAUUGUUAAAACCAAAAUGGCGUGAAGGUUGUCUCAGCAAAGAUGCACAUAACAAGAUAGUUAAGAAAGCAGUAGAGAAGGUUCUCAGUGCUUUUCAGCCCCAACAAAUCCCACCUACCGUAGAAACAGUUCUGCAAUACCUGUCUUCAUGCCGUCCAAAAAUCUCAAAGCUUGUUGAGGGAUAUGUUGAGAAAUACGGUAAAUCUUGAGAUGUUAGGCCAAGAUAUUGUUCUUUUGCAGAAUUUCCUACACAGUUUACUAAUUGGAGGUCAUGGACAGUUUGUUCGAUAACCCUUUUCUUUUACAUAAUUAGAACAGAGUUUUUGUAGAGUUGUUAAUUUUCUUAUAAGAUGUAUUGCUUCAAAAAUUAUUUCUGUUACUCUCAGUUCAUCUAUUUGGAGAUAAUAGGUGUCAUGACUAGAAUUUGUCUUAGUCUGUAUAUAGAAAAAGAAAAGAAGAAAAAAAGAAGAAGUCAUAAUUCGUUUCAUUUUUAUGCAAGGAAGAUUGCCUUAAGGCUUGAAUUAACCCAGAUUGAGGGUCUUUCCAAAUUUUAGCAAGUUCCCAAAUGCUGGGUUUUAGUCUAUCUACGGUCAGUCUUUAAUUCUUUCACUGCUUGAAUUCUUAGGUGCUGUGGAGUGACAGGGUAAAAUGAAUCCUUUUGGUUUGGGAACUACCCGUAUGGGACCCAUGAAGUUGAAAUUACAGUUUCCAUAUCAGUCUUCCCUGAGUUAGGAUGGAUAUGAUAUGUAAUUGAUCACUUCUGCAGUAUCUUGGGUAUAAUUUGCAUAUAUCUUAUGUUACUGGCUACAAAGAAUUUGGCAUAGUGCGGCAGAUUUUCAUUAGGAUAAUGAAAAAUAAAAAUAAGCUGUAUGGUCUGAUAGUGUAGAUAUCAAAAGAUGUUUAUUUUGAUUUUCUGAAGUUAAAGUUGACUUAUAAUAUUGCUAGCAUUGGAAUUUGAAGUUUUACUGUUCCUUCAUCCUCUUUUCUGGUCAUCAUGAUCUGUAAUUGUGGCUUUCAGAUUCUUCUAUGGAUAAUAUGUUUCAUUGUUGAGGUACAUUCUAAUUUUUCUACGACAUGUCGUUAAUUCUUGUGCUGUGAAUUUUAUUUUGGUGUUUGAUCUAAACUGUUCGGAAGUUUCAUUAAUUGUUUGACAACAGAGGAUUGGAUUUUGAUUGCAAUAUUAUAGGUUUUACAGGUGUCUAGCUUAUAAGCUGAUGGCAUUUCAGUUAUUCAAGUCAAAACUGAAGUAGCUAUGAUUUAGUACAUAAGGAUUUCUGUGUUAAAACUAUGGAAAUUCUAGUACUUAGAUUCUUGGGCACCUAGUUUUUCACUUUCCUCCUUUCAUUUUCCAUAUCUAAAAAUAUAGAACUUCCGUAAGAAAUUGAGGCUUCUGCAAAUAUUAUGUACAUGAAACUAGUUUAUCAAUGUGGAAAUGAUAGAAACGGAUGAAUUAUACAAGUUAGAAUUUCUGUAACUAAAGUCCCUAUGAGGCUUUGAGGAUAGCUCGCUAGUAAAAUUUCACUGGUAAACUUUCAAGUGUGAAUGUCCACACUUUGCACCUGAAAACCCCUCAAAGUCCCUGAACCCUGAAAUCUACUUACGCAUGGGAUUGCUGUUGAGGUACGAUAGUUGCUACUAAAUCAGGGCAAUUUGCGAAAACUGCAAAUCAAUCAUGUUGUAAUUCUUUUCCAUUUUCCCAUCUCAAGAACAAGUUAGAUUUGACUUUAUGUAUGGUUUCUCAACCCAAAUCAAAGUAUUUUUUAUGGCAUCAAAGGCCUAACAAGUUUCAACAAAUAGCCCUGAUAUGGUCAAGAUUCAGAAUUGAGUGAAAGAGAGGGGGGAAAUAGAGGCUUGAAAGGCAGCUCUAUGUGAUGAAUGACUGUAGGACAUUAGAAAUCGAUAUACAAAUCCCACAGUUCCUGUAAGAUAUCAGAUAAUUUAGAACAUUUUCUAUUAAUUUCAGGUGGUUCUGGUAGCUCGUAAGUAUACUCUCUAUAAAAUGAGUUGGGUCAUAUGAGGAAGCGUUUAUGAGAUUGUAAAGAAGUUGGGGCUGGUUUCUCAGUAUAUGGCAUUAACUGCUGUAUGCAGACUUAUAUUAGUGACUUUUAAGUGACCUCGGACUGUUGAGACUCUAGAUGCAGUUGUGUAACAACUGUGUGAUCAAUCAUCUGUUCGUUCAGUGAUCAUACUUGAGUAAAGGUUCAUGUCUUGGAUUUUAUUAAAUGUUGCUAACUGAAACAACCUGUGUUAUAUUGAAGCCUCACUUUCAAAUCUAAAUUGUUCAUCGCAACUAAUUGAAAUGGACUUUUGAUUUAGCUGAAAUAGAAAGAAUUGAAAAGAAAAAGGAGCCUCAUGUCAAUGUAACUUCCCAUUUUCUUCUGGGAUUCUGUGUCCUCUCUGCAUUGGCUUAGAAACUCGGCAUUCCUUGCAAGGGAAGAGAAAUGACUUGAAUAUUUUCUGGCCAAACCAUGAUCUUGGCGCAGGGUUUUCUUUUUUCUCUUGGUUUCCAAAUUCUGGAUUUGGUUUAGCAGUUUCUGUGCCACCGAUGUUGUCAGUUGAUCUCUUGCUACUGGUACGGGCUGCUCGUACUGAAUCUUUGAUGCAGGGCUGGUUAGUUGGCACAUGCUGUGUUGAUUGAAGUACAAUUGCUUUUGGUAUGAUCUGACCAUUUGAGAUUAACAGGUCUGCUGGGUAAUGCUUGAUGGGAUCGGUCGCAAUGGACUGUGGUGUAGUGUGACCAAACUCAAACUCUGUGCCUUGUUUGUGAAUUUGAUUGGCUCUGUUAGUAGGGAGGGACUUGGAUUGCUGAUCCUGAACACACAGGAGGCCAGCAAACGAAAAAGAGUCAAGUGAACAGCUAUCAGCUGCAGUAUCCAUUGAAAUCUUGUUUUGCAGGCGGGCUGCCAUUGUUUCUAGGAUGCAUUCUGGUUCCAAGCUUCCAGAGUUAUAUAUAUACAGUUCUGGAUAAGGGGGCUGAGUGUGGAUUUAACUAUUUGUUCUGUCUUGUUUGUUUGUUUGUUUUUCAUCUCUGCUUCCUUUUCCAUGUUUGUUUUGGAUGGUAUAUGGGCGGCUUGGAAAUAACGAGAUGAUGAAGAAACAACGCAGAAUAUUCAUUACAUGUAUUUGUGAUUCAUUAAAAAUGUGUAAAAUGUGGAAGUGUGA